AUGUCUUCUGCAUGUCCACCCCAAUCACCAGCAGUGGCUAAAUCUGAAGUAGCAAUAGAUGGAGAAUGCCCGCUGCUGGCUGCCACAUUUGCUUAUUGGGACAAUAUCCUCGGUCCACGCGUCCAUCACAUUUGGGCCCCAAAAGGUGAUCAUCUGAUGCUGCUCAGCGAUGGAGAUGUGACCUUCUUGGCCAAUCACACGUUAAAUGGAGAGAUUUUGCGCAGUGCAGAGUGUGGCGCAGUAGACGUUAAGUUUUUUGUCCUGGCAGAGAAGGGCGUCAUCAUUGUGUCACUCAUCUUUGAUGGUGAGCUCAAGGGGGACAAGAACACGUGUGCCUUGUCCAUUAUUCUUCCACAAACGGAGCUAGCCUUCUACCUGCCUUUGCACACCGUCUGCGUUGAGAGACUAAAGCAUGCUAUCAGAAAGGGACGCAUUUGGAUGCAAAAGGGUUACAACAUCAUUGCAGUGCUAAGCUUGGAAAUUGUUCCUAUUAUGGAGCUGCUCGCCUCUAUGAAGACACACAGUGUGCCUGAAGACAUAGAUAUAAAAGACACCGUACUAAAUGAUGAUGACAUUGGGGACAGCUGCCAUGAAGAUUUCCUUCACAAGGCCAUCAGCUCUCACCUACAGACUUGUGGUUGUUCAAUCGUUGUUGGAAGCAAUCCAGAGAAAGUAAACAAGAUUGUGCGAACACUCUGCCUCUUUCUUACUGCUGCUGAGAAGAAAUGUUCUCGCCUUUGCAAGGCAGACUCAUCUUACAAAUAUGACACAGGCCUCUUUGUUCAGGGUCUACUAAAGGACUCUACUGGUAGCUUUGUACUCCCGUUCCGCCAGGUACUUUACUCACCUUACCCAACCACACACAUCGACGUAGACAUCAACACAGUCAAGCAGAUGCCGCCGUGUCAUGAGCAUACUUACAACCAACGUGCCUAUAUGCGGUCUGAGCUGAAUACACUUUGGAAGACUGACAGCGAAGAAGACAUACCUCCUGACACUAUCAUCCCCACUGAUGACACUUUCACACCUGACUUGAAUAUAUUUCAAGAUGUAAUGCAUACAGAUACGUUGGUGAAAUCAUUUAUAGAUGAGGUGUUCAUGCUAAAACCUGGCCUUUCCCUGCGGAGUGCCUAUUUGGCCCAGUUCUUGUUGCUGCUUCACAGGAAGGCCCUCACACUGCUGAAGUACAUUGAAGAUGAAACUCAAAAGGGGAAGAAGCCUUUCAGGUCCCUACGGAAUUUAAAGACUGACCUUGAUCUGACGGUAGAAGGAGACCUGAACAUUGUCAUGGCCUUUGCUGAAAAGUUGAGAGCAGGACUUCACUCAUUUGUGUUUGGAAAGCCAUUCUACACAAGCAUGCAAGAAAGAGAUGUUCUCAUGAACUUUUGA